UUUUGGAUAACCGCGUGCCUAUAAAUUGGAGAUUCCUUGCUGGUUUUUUGCUAACUCCAUCCUUAGACCUUAGAAACCAUACCUGAGCUCGCUCUCUCUCUCUCUCUCUCUCUCUCUGUUCUUGAAUUGUGAUAACUAACCGUGAGAGAUGGCUGAGGUUUCAACAGGAGUAAAUGGAGUGACUUUAGAUAUAAAAGAUGGUGAUCAUCAUAUGAAUCACAACAACCUCCCUCCCAAAACCAAUCAAGACUCUGACUGCAUCAUCUCUAUACCUUUCAUCCAAAAGGUGAUUGCAGAAGUGCUAGGUACCUACUUUUUAAUAUUUGCCGGUUGCGCCGCGGUGGUUGUAGACGCAGCCUCGAACAAUGCGGUGAGCCACGCUGGAGUAUCAGUUGUGUGGGGACUGGUGGUGAUGGUUAUGGUUUACUCAGUCGGACACAUCUCUGGUGCCCAUUUUAACCCUGCUGUCACCAUUGCUUUUGCUACUUGCAAGAGGUUUCCUUGGAAACAGGUACCGGCUUAUUUAGCGGCACAAAUCCUUGGAUCAACCCUAGCAAGUGGAACCCUUCGAUUAAUUUUUAGCGGGACGCAAAAUCACUUUGCCGGAACACUUCCCACCGGUUCCGACAUGCAAUCUUUCGUGUUAGAAUUCGUAAUCACAUUCUACCUCAUGUUUGUGAUAUCCGGUGUGGCGACCGAUAACCGAGCGAUUGGGGAGCUUGCUGGGCUAGCUGUUGGAUCUACAAUUUUACUCAACGUGAUGUUUGCAGGGCCAAUAUCAGGAGCAUCAAUGAAUCCAGCAAGGAGUUUGGGGCCAGCAAUAGUGUCAAGCCAGUACAAGGGCAUAUGGAUAUACUUGGUGGCACCAACUUGUGGGGCUGUAGCAGGUGCCUGGGUGUACAAUAUCAUAAGGUUCACUGACAAGCCAUUGAGGGAAAUCACAACUACUGGGUCUUUCCUCAAGGGCUUAGGACUUAGUCGUAGUGGUUCUAACUGAGUCUCUAAAACAAAGUUCCAUAUAUAUGUGUGUUACCUUUUUUCUACGUUUUAUACUGAUAGGAAACUUGUAAUGGAAAUCCGAUCACAUAUAUAUAUAGUGCUUGUUC